GGCUAGUCUGUUUUGAGGCUGGCUGACACCUCCUAACAGCCUCCUGACAGACGUCGCGCGUCCGGAAAAUGCACCCCGACGCUUCUAGUUCUGUGAUAAUUAUUCCUGUUCUCUAAGCUAGUUUUUUAUUCUGGAUCACUGAAAGAACCUACUUGCACCUCCAUCCACCGUCGUACAUCUUAUCCGCUAAUAGCCCCGCAAUGGCGAGUCAAGCCAUUGUCGCAAUGCGCGUAUGCGCGCCUCCGGGCCUUGCGCCGUACAUGGGCGCGCGGUGGCGGAAGGCCCCCAACUCCCCGCAGUUCAGCUCCGCCUUCGUCGUCCCCAUGCGGCCGAAGCGCGUUACUCUGAGCUUCAGGCGAAACUGCCGUCGCCCGGUCUCCGCCAUCUUCCGCGCUCAGCGCGCGGGCGAGACGCGCGCGGGCGCGCGGUCGUGGAUGGAGCGGAUGGCGAAGGCGGCGGAAGACAUGGCAAAGGGCGCGGAGCGCGCGUCGAAAGAAAUGGCGAAGGUGGCGGCUGCGACGCUGGAGAGCCACAACAAGGCCAUCGAGGCGGCGUCGCCGCUUUUCUCUCACAUCGUCGGCAACGACCAGGCGACCAACUUCAUCACCAAUCUCUUGGUCCCGCACGCCCCUGGUGCCUCCGCCAGCGGUUCUUCCCCCGCUCCCCCCACCUCCCCGCGCUCAGCGGCCCCGCAGCAGCUGGCGGAAGACCACCUGCGCGAGGUGUCGGACGACGUGGCCGCCCACGUCAGCCUCAAGCCUGCCAACGUGGCACCGAUGACGUCAUCGUUCACAUCCCCGUCAUUGGGCGAUGAUGACGAUUCUCAACGUGCUGCGGCUGCCGCGGCUGGUGCGGCGGAUUCUGCUGCAGUUGCCAACCCCACCUCAGUGCCCCUGGAAAUGCGCAAGGCGGGCGCGCACGUGCUGCAGGGGCGCGAAGAGCGGGGCGCAAUGCGCGCGGAGCUGCAGGCGCUAGAGGCGCGCAUGGACGCGGCGUCCGCGGCUGUGCAGGCGGCGAAAGACAGGCGCGGGGAGCUGCUGAAGGCGCACCCCGAGCUGAGGCAACGUGUGGCCGACACUCUUGACGGCAAAAUCACUCCGCGUGCUGUCACCCCCGCGGCUGUAGCGCCGUCUGCAGCUGUAGCAGCUGCUGCUUCAAAUGCAGCCCCGGCGGAGGGGGAGGCGCAGGAGGAGUGGGAGGAGGAGCAGGGGGAGCAGGGGGAGCAGGGGGAGCAGGGGGAGCAGGGGGAGCAGGGGGAGCAGGGGGAGCAGGGGGAGCAGGGGGAGCAGGGGGAGCGGGGGGAGCAGCCAGUGGCAGGGUGGGUGCAGGCGCUGAGGGCAGGCAGGCACAGGCAGCGAGAGCGGCUGCAGCGACCGGGCGUGGAGCGGCGGAGGCAGCACGCCGCGCAGGUCCGUCUGUCUGUGCUGCGCUCGCUGGCUGAGCGCCAUGGCAUCUUGGCUCAGAGCUCAACCGCUCAUGCCACGACUGCAGACGUGAAGGAGAAGAGCGACGAGCAGCAGCAGCAGCAGCACCAGCAGCAGCAGCAGCAGCAGCAGCAGCACCAGCAGCAGCCGACGGUCCCUGUGGUGAACACAGCAGCGAUGUCUCCUCUGGAGCUCGAACUGGUCAAGGCGGAGGAGUCACGGGACAAGUAUCUGGAGGCAGUCGCGUGGACCAAGGCGCGCCUGCACUCGCUGCGCUCGUCCGCGCCCACCCCCUCCGCCGCUGCGCUGCUCAGCAUGGAGGCGCAGCUCGUCUCCUCGCUCUCGUUCGCGGAGCAGCGGGCAGAAGAGGAGGGCACGCGCGUGCAGCAGCUGUGUGCGCGCCUAGGGAUGGACGCGGGAGAGAGGAGGCGCAGCAGGGAGGCGGCGCUACAGAGAGCCGCGGAAGCAGGGGCUCGGAUGGGGAGGGAGGAGGGGGAGGGGAACGGGGUUAGGGGGGAGAAUGGUGGUGGUAGUGGUGGCAGCAGCGGUGGUGGGACUUUGAAAGGGAUAAAUGACAUGAUGAGUAAGCUAUCCAGCAUUCAGCAGAAGCUCGAGUCAAUUUCCGCCUCAUCCCCCUCGCUCCCACUCAAGGCCGGCCUACCCUCCCUCUCGCCCAUCUCCUCCUCUUCCACCUCAUCCCCCUCCUCCCCCUCCUCCCCUUCCUCCUCCCCGUCCGCCGCCCCUUCCUCCGCCGUUGCCUCCCUCUCAUCCUCCUCCAACACCCUCUCCGCCUUCCUCUCGUCGCUCAAAGCUCCUCGCUCCCCUCGCACCUGCUCCCCAUCCACCACCGCCACCACUGCUGCCCCUGCCAUGGCGGCUGCAGUAGCAACAGCAGCACCACCAGCAGAAGUAGCAGCAGCAGCACCCAGCACUGCUUACGGCACGAAGUUUCUAGGAAGGAGGGCGGCGGGCGGGCGGCCUCGUUCGGCAGAAGAGCGGGAGAAUUACCUCAAGGUGUACGCGCGCGCUCUCUUCCCGUCGUACGUUGACACGUCAGCGUCGCCAGCUCAGCAGCAGCACGGAGUGAACGGAUUGGUCCGCGAGCUCGUCCUACAUGGCGCCACCGAGGGUUGGGCCCGAGGCUACAUCGCCGAGGCUCUGCUUCGGCCGAGCCUGACUGCCCCCAAGCCUCUGCCUGUUCCUUUGGCAUACGACCCUCCCACCCCCGACACUGCUGCUUCACAGCACUCGUGCUCGCAGCUGGAGCUGCAGCAGUACGCGCAGGCCAUCCGCAGUGCAUAUGUGGACGCCUCGAUGACGGCGUCAGAGCGCGAGGCGGGCACGAGCCUCUUUGUCGAGGAGAUGGUGGCGAUGGGGGGCAAGGAAGCGGAGCAAUGGGCGCGGUCCUUCGUGGCGCAGUCACUGGCAACCGAGGUGCGCAAGCGCAAGGUCGUGCGCGCUUAGAGAAGCUGCUUAUGAAGAGGAUGGUCGUCAACGGGGUUCAAUCCGACACUACAGCACAGCUCUGACACCGGCAAAUCCAGAAUCAAAGCAGAGCUGAGAAGGGCACUAUCUGAACUCCAGAUCCUGGAAGCUUCCGCCUCAGCUCUUUCUGCCGCUCUUUCCACCACCAUUUCCCCAGCUCCAGCUCUUCAGUCACUCGGCUCUUAAUCACCCCGCCAUUCCUAUCCAGUCCUGGCCAGCCUCCUUUUCCUUAACUCAUCAUCGUUUUCAACUUUCAACCAUGCAAGUCCCACCACACCACAUGUGAUCGUCCUGACCGUUCCAUCUCUCUCCCGUUCCUCUCCAAGUCCCGGUGUCACAGAGGGCAGGGCAACCUGCCUCCCGACCGACCGAACGUUUCUGCAUGUCCUAUAUCUCAAACAUAUUACAGUAGUCCAUCAUGCGUCUUCCACUGGGAGGCAUCAUGAUUCAUGCCAUUUUCAUCCCAUUAGCCCCAUCGCAACACAUCUCGCUAUUGAUGUCCCAGCCAGCCAGCCCUGCCUGCUUCUGUUUUCUCCAAUUGUUCGUUAUUUUGCAUGCUCUCCGAACGUUCGGAGAAUCCGAAUGCUCCUUGUAGUGUUCCUCUAUGUUCUUUUCUUUCUGUAUUUGCUCUACAUUGAUCACAGAGUAUU